CCUUAGCGUCAACGCCGUUCCCGUAUUCGAAACUGCCAACUACUGAGAGCUGUCUUCUGCUGUCCUAUUAAUCAUAAUAGUUGGACGUUUCUGCGUAUAAUGGCGGAUCGAAAGCCGUGUAAGGUGUGCAACUUUACACGCCAGAAGUCAUAUGGCGUGGUUGUUCCAUCGCUCGAGGAACUUAAGGUAAAAGGAAGUGAGUUUCUUGGCUUCACACCACAUGACCCAGUGACAGUGGUCUUAGAAGACGAUGGGACAAUAGUUGAGGACGAAGCCUACUUUUGGUGUUUGCCCUUAAACACAAAGUUCAUGCUGCUGCAUGAAAAGGAAACAUGGUCGCCGCUUCGCAGAGUUGAUGGUGGCACAGCGUGGAUGGCGAGAGAUUCUGUGAUGCUAGAGAGCGACACUGUGGAUGCAGCCCAUGGUAGUGCAUCAUGGUUGGACUUGGCCUUGCAGCUGAAACGGGACCUGGCCAGCAUCAUCCUCAUGUGUGAGGAAGACUUAGAGUGCUUAGUGGGCGUCCCCUGCCCUGAGCUAGCUUCUGCUCUCGGCUUCCAAGAAAAGAAGACAGAGAAUCUUCAGGAAACACUGCAGAGGGUUUUGGACCGUCGGGAGGAAGAGAGGCAAUCGAAGGAGUUGCUCCAACUCUUCCUCAAAGCAGCAGAGAAAGAAGACGGACAGCCACAGGAGGAGGCUUGGCGGCAGAGCGAGGGAGGUGCCGAUGUUCCUGAUGGUAUGGAGGUGGAUCAAGCAUGUGGAUUCACUUCCAGGACUUUGAUGGUCCUGAAAGGCAAAACAAGCCCAGAGACCAGGCUGUCCACUGAAGAUCUCCAGAUGGUGGUGGCCAAAGGGGCCGAAGCUAUGCAGCAGGUGCUCGGCUGGGACAAAGUCAGGACAUCGACGCUGCUUCAAGACUGCGAGUCGGAGCUCAAACGACGGCUUCAGCAGAUCCAGGCCGUGCAGUCUAUGAGGGGCAACAUGGCGCAGAGGGACAGCAGCCUGCCGCCUAAUGACAAGAACGACGAGGAGAGCAAAGCCACACUGCCUCGAAGAGGAAAAUAGUCUGUUACCUUACCAGAGCAGAGACUCCAAAGAGCUUACGCCGACCGCUUCAGGGCCAGCAGAAUGAAUUCGCGCUGGGUUGCCGAUACUAUUUUUACCGCUGGAUUUUGUAUAAAUGUCAACAAGGUUGGUGUUUGUAGCAUUUGGUACAACUUUCAAACCACUUCAAUGCUUUUGCCUCAAGCAGAAGCUGAGGGCUUUGCACAAGUCGUGUUUUUUUUUUUUUUUUUAAUCAAACGUCUGAUGUUUAAAUCACAGAUAUUCCUUAUUUGGAUGAUAAACGAGCUGCUGUGAAACAAACCUCACGUGCAUUUGUUUGAAGCUUAACAUCCAACUGUCGUCAUCUGAUAUGAGCGGGUACAUUUUGAAUCGCUGCGGAUCCACUUUAUGACAUGGAUACAGUUGCCUUGUUGGGUUUUAAUGUGGAAAAAAAAGGAGCUCAGAGACUCAGACGGAGAUGUAAUGUUCCAUUUUUCUUGAUUUCUUGAUAGAAGCCAGUAAUCCUUUAAGUAUCAAGAGUCUUUGUUGUGAUAUUCUGGUAACUGGCCCUUUAUUACCCCACUCGUCCGUAGAGAGUUCCAUUCCUAUCAUCCGUUUUCUGUCCUCAUUAAAGUCAUGAGUGAGCUGGGGCUCUAUUCCAUUAAGAUUUGGUGUACAGCGUGGACUGUUCACCUGCCAGUCAGGGCACGUAGACAAGCUCUGACACCCCCCCGUUCACACCGAUGGGCUUUUUAGUGUCUUCACCUAACAUUCAGAAUUUUGUGAUGUGGGAGGAAAACAGAGUGCCAAGAGAAAACCCAUUCAAGCACCAGAAUAACAUUUGCACGCAGAAGGGCCUGAGCCAAGAGUCCAACUCCGAACUUAGACUGUGAGGCAAACAUUUGCAAUUUUGUGGCAAUAGAGACAGAUCAUUUGUAACUUUUCUUGUCAGUUUUCUGUGCAAAGUAGUAUGCCUGAUCGAUUGAGUGAUUAGAAAUGUGGCACGAGAUCCGUCGGUGGGCAAAAUCAAUUCCAAGAUAUACAGUGUGCAAGUCGUGACAAUAUAUUGAGAUGGCGUUGUAGCGCACACACAGAUUAAUUAAUCAUUUUCCUAAUAAAGAGUUAGACAAGA